AUGUCGGGGGAUGUACCAACCUCGGGUGCUGAUGAGGCGCCAGGGCGGCCCAAACCGACGCCGGAACACCCGGCCCGGCGCUCCCGCGGGCUUGUGCGCAGGGGCCUGCUCGAGCGGCCGUGGCACCCCCGCAGCAAACGUGAGCUUGUCACCACUGCGGCCACUCCCGCCCUGGACGCCAGCAAGUCCCGGAGGAGCCUGAGAGACCCCUGCGGUGGUUUCCUGCUCCCGGCAGGCCUGGACGCCCGUGUCUGGCCUGGCCGGCGGCUGGCUCUGCCCUCGCCCACACAUCCCUGUCCGCCAGGUGCCCCGGGACCCGCCUGGUCCCCCAGACGGUGCUCCCGCCUCUCCUCCCCGGGUGGGGCCUCGGCCCUCUGCCUCUGUCCCGCCCAGCUGCGUGAGCCGCUCUUCCUGUGGUCAGCGGUCAGGGUCCCGGCCCGGCGGGUCGGCCUCCGGAGGAGAGAGGUGCUGUAUGAGGACAGCCGCUUGGUCAGCCUGACCGCUCCCUACGUGUCCGGCUUCCUGGGCUUCAGAGAGGCGCCCUUCCUGGCGGACGCCGUGCAGCGGCUGCGGGAGAGGGAGCCCCAGCUCCUGCCGCAGGUUCUUCUCGUGGAUGGAAACGGGGUGCUGCAUCCCCGAGGUUUCGGGGUCGCCUGCCACCUGGGCGUCCUCACCGACCUGCCCUGCGUCGGGGUGGCCAAGAAGCUCCUGCAGGUGGACGGGCUGGAGAACAACGCUCUGCACAGGGAGCGGAUUCGCAGUCUGCGCGCCGGAGGAGACACGUUCGCGCUCACGGGCCGCUCUGGGGCCGUCCUGGGCAUGGCCCUCAGGAGCCACGCCCGCAGCACCAAGCCCCUGUACGUGUCCGUGGGCCACAGGACGAGCCUGGAGGCCGCCGUGCGGCUGACCCGCGGCUGCUGCCGCUUCCGGAUCCCGGAGCCCGUGCGCCAGGCUGACAUCCGCUCCCGGGACUUCAUCCGCAGGAGCCUGGGCAGCCCCGGGCCGGCCCGGGCCAGGAGCCAGAAGCCACAGAGGCCCAAAGCGAGCCCCAAAGGAGACUCGGAAGAGCCCGCGGGCAACGGGGGGCCCCCAGCCGCCCAGUGAGGCCCCAGGCUGCCCCGGAAAGGCACAGACCCAGGCGCCCGGCUGCAGGGGGCGGUGGGCCCGGAGCUGAGCCGCCCUGCAGGCCCUCGCCGCCCCCA